UAGACAUAGCCUUUUUCAGGCCAAUGAAAAUUGCUUGGCGAAACAUUUUAUUAAAAUGGAAAAAAACUGAUGGCAGAAAUCUAAGUUCAGUACCGAAAGGAUGCUUUCCAAAAUUAUUAAAACAACUUUUAACUGAUUUAUCUGAAAAUGUUGAAUCUAAUCUUAAAGUAGGAUUUCGAAAAGCCGGGAUUCAUCCUAUUAACCGUGAUCAAGUACUAUUCAGACUACCUAGUGAGGAAAAUGAAGAUCCUGAAAAAUCAAGGUAUGCCGUUGACAAAUCAGUUUUAGAAAUUCUUAAGGAAAUGAGAUAUGGCACUAUUAAUAUCAAGGAACCAACACGUAAGCGAAAAUUAAAUUCAGAACCCGGAAAAAGCUUAGGAAAUAUAGAUAGUGAUAAUUUAGAAAGUGAAUCCGAACACGAAAUUGCAAGAAAAACAAUAAAAACGUUUAAACAAAAUUCGAAAAAGAAAAUAAAAGUGAUUCCCGGAAAAGCAGUUAUAGUCGAUCCAAAAAGUAAUAAUACUGAUGAUAAAGAAAUGGAAAAUGUUCAAUCUGUGAAUUUAGUAAGUAAGGCAAAUCAGAAUAAAAUAGAAGUUAAACAAUUUAUACAAAAACUUAAUAAUGAUUUAACAAUGAAAUCUAAAAUUAAAACUGACAAAAGUAUGUCAGAAUUAAAGGAAAAAAAUAAAGAAAUGGCCAUCGAUCAGCUGCCUGUAGUUUUUGUAGAUGACUACACUAGUAUCAAUGAUUCUACAAAUGAAAAUGAAAAAUUACUUCUUAAUAACUAUAUUGACGAAAACAUGUCUAGCAAAGAUUACUUACCUGAAAUAGAACCUACAUUCAGUGAAUUUAUAGAUCCACCUAAGGAUGAGAUGUGUCAAUGUGAUGAUAGAGAAUUUUUAGAAACCAAAGAGGAAAAAUCUACAGGUAAAAAUGUUGAAAUUAUAUCAAUACAAAAGUUUGUUAAUAGUACUCCACAUAAAGUUAAUUUAUUGGAAUGUAAAAAAAUACCCUUGAAUACUAAAAUUAACUCAAAAAGAGAUAUAAUACAAAAAAAUAAGAACAUGAAACCAAUUAAGGUACGACGGGGGAGCUAUUUUAAAACUGAUGCUGAUAUUUUAAAGGUUUUAAAUGAUAACAGUAUUCAAUAAGUUAAUUUAAUAAAAAAAAUGAUUAAGUUGAUUUAAUAAAAUAAUAUUAAUUUUAAUUAAAAAUUGUUUAUUUAAAAUUGCAAUAUUUUCAAUAAAUAUUUUGUUUAAUGCUGGAAUUUCAUUAUUAUGCUUACCUUGAUUUAAACUAUAAAUAAAUUCAGGAAAUCUUGCAUGAGACAACCCUAACAUAUUUUUCUUUUCUCCCCUUAGGCGUGUCUAUUGUCCCCUAAUGGAAGGUAAAUAGAAAUCACAUAUAUUUUAUAGAUUUGCUUAAAACUUCUGGACAUAUUAAAAUGCAA